AAUGUGUAACGGUGAGAGGCAGUUGUGAGCAGGUGGACAGUGAGUGAGGAGAUAGAAAGAGAAAAGCGUGGUUUUGUUUCCAAUUCUAAUGGACUUUGUUGUUCUCCUUCACAUAUUUGUCUUUGCUCCAAUCCUUUUCUGCAUCACUUUUCUGUCUCUGCCUCUUCCCAGCCCAACAUAUUUUUUGGCUUGGAAGUCACAGUUGUCUCAGCCAGUGGCUGAUUUGGUUUUGAGGAAUGGGGUGAUAUAUACCAGUGAUGAUUCUCUCCCAUUUGCAGAUUCCAUGGCAGUGGCCAAUGGGAGGGUUCUUUGUGUCGGAAACCGUUCAUUUGUCCAGGAAUUCGAAGGAUAUGGAACUCAAGUUUUGGAUCUUAGAGGGAAGGUUGUGGUUCCUGGGUUCAUUGAUUCCCAUGUGCAUUUCAUUGAUGGUGGAUUGCAGAUGAUGCAGGUGAAGCUGAGAGGUGUUAAUAAAAAGGAAGAAUUUAUCAGAAGGAUCAAAGAUGCAGCACAAAGCACAAAACAAGGUUCCUGGAUUUUGGGUGGUGGAUGGAACAAUGAUCUAUGGGGAGGAGAUCUUCCAGCUGCCUCUUGGAUCAAUGAUGUUACUCCUAAUAAUCCUGUUUGGCUGUCAAGAGUGGACGGCCACAUGGGCUUGGCUAACUCAGUGGCACUUACGUUGGCUGGGAUUACAAAUUUAACAGAUGAUCCAAGAGGGGGAACUAUAUUGAGGACUGCCAAUGGAGAACCUACUGGAGUAUUAAUUGAUUCAGCGAGGACACUUGUUACGUCCCAGAUUCCAGAGGAUUCAGUAGAUGAUAGAAGGGAGGCAUUGCAUAGAGCAAGCAAUCUUGCCCUAACAAGGGGGGUGACAACGGUUGUUGAUAUGGGAAGAUAUUAUCCUGGGUUUUCAACCGAACUUUCUUGGGAUGAUUUUUCAGAUGUUUAUCAAUGGGCUAAUUCUAUGUCAAAAAUGAAAAUUAGAGUGUGUUUAUUCUUUUCAAUGGAGACAUGGUCACGUUUGGUGGGUGUGAUUAACAGAGUCGGACAUGCCUUGAGCGAAUGGAUUUAUAUAGGUGGUGUCAAAGCUUUCGCUGAUGGGUCUUUAGGUUCUAAUAGUGCGUUGCUUUAUGAGCCAUAUGUUGAUGAUCCUGACAAUUAUGGUCUACAAGUGACUGAGCUUGAAGCUCUUCUCAACAUGACCACAGAGUCAGAUUUAAAUGGUCUACAGGUUGCUAUUCAUGCUAUAGGGGACAAAGCAAAUGACCUUAUCUUGGACAUGUAUGGUUUAGUAGCUUCUACAAAUGGAAUGAGAGACCGACGAUUCAGGAUUGAGCAUGCCCAGCAGUUGGCAGCUGGAACCCCAGGUCGAUUUGGAAAACAACGGGUUGUUGCUUCCAUGCAGCCGGAUCAAUUGUUGGAUGAUGCAGACUCUACUAGCAAAAAGCUUGGCAAGGAUAGGGCUGAAAAGGAAUCAUAUUUGUUUCGGUCACUCUUAAAUAACAAUGCAUUAGUGGCAUUUGGUUCUGACUGGCCAGUGGUAGAUAUCAAUCCCUUAAGUGGUAUUAAGACAGCAAUGAAAAGGAGGCCCCCCAACUGGCAAAGUGCAUGGAUUCCAUCUGAAUGCAUUUCAUUAGAUGAUGCUAUAAAAGCUUACACCAUUUCUGCUGCUCGUGCAAGCUUCCUUGACAAAGAUCUUGGAUCCUUAUCUCCAGGGAAACUGGCAGAUUUUGUCAUAUUGUCCACUGAUUCAUGGAAAGACUUUGCUGAAGAUGCAUCUGCAAAUGUUGAGGAAACAUAUGUUUCUGGUGUGAGAGCAUAUCCUUGAAGCUUUUCCAUUUUCAGUUAGGUAAUAAAUUUUUGGUUAAAUUAUAAAAUUCUUCAAAAAUGUUUUUAUUUUAUUCCUUAUAUGAAAAAAAGCUCUAGAUUUUAGUUGAUAUGUGAAAAAAAAUGUUUACGAAUUAGUCUUUGCUGUUUGUCAAUAUUAUAGUAGUGUUAGAUUAGGAUGUAGGGAAUAAAAUGUUGGUUUUUUAAUUCUAAAUACACAUGUAAAAGAUGGUUUUAGUAGCAGUUUUCAGUACGGACGAACUCAAUUGCUAAUCUUUGAUCCAUAGGAUCCAUUCGGUAGAUUGAAAUAAAAUUGAGUGAAA